AUGUACGGUCUAAAACAAUUGUCGCUUCUGAGCCUGAUGCUUCUCUCUGCGUCGGCGGCAAAGGAUCCCAAGCGGACUCUUGUGGGAAUUGAAACUGCCGAAAAGAGCCGUGGUAUUGAUGUACCACUGAAUGACUGCCAUCCCAUUGAGGAAGAAGAUGUACUCACAGUCUCUCUGAAAAAACCAUGUCGCUUGUUCACUGGCCCUGACUGCACCGGCCACAACACAUUCCUAAGUCCCGGCGAACACUCUUCGGGCAAGGACCCAAUUCCCGUCAUCGAGUCGAUAUUUUGCCAGGCAUCUUUCUGA